AUGACACUAGGUGAUUACAGAUCAGAUCUUGCGGAGACAUUAUACAAUUAUAAAAAAAAUACUGAACCCAAAAGAGGAAGACCUUCAAGCAGUACUAUAGGUCGGGAGAUAGAAGCAAAAAGACAUCAGGGUCCAAUGAAACCCUUUCCUCCAAGAGACGUGCGGACUGAUGGCUUAGGCCACAGUGAAAAAAGAUGCACUUUUAAAAAUAGAUGCAAACUUCCCGGUUGUAAAGGCACGCCAUUGAACAACGACCUUGUCUUGGGGAUCUUAAAUGAUGGUAUUUGUUCCGAAUUGGACUUCGACGACGAUGACGAAGAGUUCAUUCCUCCACAAUUGGAAAAAGUUGAAGAAGUUGAAGUUGAGCUAUUCUCUCCGCCUCGACCAUCUGUGGCAGUUAAGAAAUCGCAAAACUAA